GUGGGAGGGGUACCCGCCCCCGCUCCUCCAGCCAAUCAGCUCUCUGUGAGCUCCAAGCGUGAAUCUGAGGGAACCGGAGAGACCGCAGCGCUGGGAGAGACUGGAACCUGCCCGAGAGGUCAUUAUGCCGGCUGUGCCACCCACCACUGAUUCUGCCUCCUGCCCUCACCAUAAGGAAAGCCAUGCGACCAAUGGCAACGUGAAGGCGGAGCUUAGUGCAGACAGGAAAUGGAUUCGGCCAGACUUGCCCAGCAAGUGCACCUGGCAACUGGGAAAGGCCCAGAGCGACUCGCCCCAUCACCACGUGGAACUGAGUGAGCGGCCCCGGAUCCUGCCCAGUAUCCUGCAGAAGAUCGGGGACACCCCGCUGGUUCGGAUCAAUCAGAUCGGGAGGAGAUUUGGGCUGAAGUGCGAACUGCUGGCCAAGUGUGAGUUCUUUAACGCGGGGGGCAGCGUGAAGGAUCGGAUCAGCCUGCGCAUGGUGGAAGAUGCCGAGAGAGAUGGAAUCCUCAAGCCGGGAGACACCAUCAUUGAGCCGACGUCUGGGAAUACUGGAAUCGGAUUGGCCCUGGCAGCGGCAGUAAAGGGGUACCGCUGUAUCAUUGUGAUGCCGGAGAAGAUGAGUAUGGAGAAGGUGGACGUGCUUCGUGCCCUCGGGGCUGAGAUUGUUCGGACCCCCACAAACGCCCGCUUUGAUUCGCCGGAGUCCCACGUGGGGGUUGCUUGGCGGCUGAAGAACGAGAUCCCAAAUUCCCAUAUUCUGGAUCAGUAUCGGAAUGCCAGUAACCCCCUCGCUCAUUAUGACAGUACAGCCGAGGAGAUCCUCCAGCAGUGCGAGGGGCAGUUGGACAUGUUGGUCGCCGGCGCUGGAACUGGAGGAACAAUCACCGGUCUCGCUCGCAAACUUAAAGAGAAAUGUCCCAACUGUAAGAUCGUGGGAGUGGAUCCCGAAGGUUCUAUCCUGGCGGAACCCGAGGAACUCAACCUGACGGAUAAGACUGGGUACGAGGUCGAGGGGAUCGGAUACGACUUCAUUCCUACUGUGCUGGAUCGGACGGUGGUGGAUGAAUGGUACAAGUCUAAUGACGAGGAAUCGUUCUUUAUGUCGCGAGCGUUAAUCCGAGAGGAGGGGCUGUUAUGCGGGGGCAGUUCUGGCAGCGCCAUGUCGGCGGCAGUAAAAGCGGCCAAGGAACUGAGCGAGGGGCAACGCUGCGUGGUGAUCCUGCCCGACUCUGUACGGAAUUACAUGUCCAAGUUCCUCAGUGACAAGUGGAUGACCCAGAAGCAGUUCCUGAAGGUGGAGGAGCUGGAGGAGAGGAAACCUUGGUGGUGGAACCUGAAGGUCUCGUCUCUGUCUCUCUCCGCUCCCCUGACCGUCCUGCCGACAGUGAGCUGCGGCCAAACCAUCCAGCUGCUGCGAGACAAGGGCUUCGACCAGGUGCCCAUCGUGUCCGAGACCGGGCUGGUUCUGGGGAUGGUGACGCUGGGGAACAUGCUCUCCUCGGUUCUUGCUGGGAAAGUGAAACCAUCAGAUCCGGUCACUAAAGUCAUCUACAAGCAGUUCUCCCAGGUGAAUCUGAAGGACAACCUCGGAAAGCUUUCCCGCAUUCUGGAGACGGAUCAUUUUGCUUUAGUUCUUCACGAGCAGAUUCAGUCAGAUCACAGCGACGGCUCGUCCAGUAAGAAGCAGAUGGUUUUUGGGGUGGUGACCGCCAUCGAUCUGCUGAAUUUCAUUACCAGAGAGCGGGAGCGGCGCGUGAGUGAAUCCGGGGAGAAGGAUCUGGUGGAACGAGUCCGGCACUUCAGUGCAUCGUAAUGUGGAGGGGAACGUCCCCCUCGUUAUGUACAAUCAGCCUUUCUUUCUGUGCUGCCCAUCUUUUUGUCUCCUCCCACCUGCUGUUACCUGCUGUUACCUGUCAGACCGUAGGUCAGUUUUAAUUGGCUGUUACAUAAUUGAUUUUGCCACUCAACUGCACUUCAUAAAUUAAAGGUCAUUGUGCAUAGAA